AUGGACUCACACAAGCGCAAGCACGACGAUUCGGGUGACGAUCGCCCACAAAAACGACCGCUUCUGACCAGACCAGGCACGGCGCGCCCAAAGCGUCCUUGUAAGACAGAGCCUCCCAAGACAGAUCUGAGCACCAGACCUCCAAGUCCUCCACCAAAGGCCUUCGCGUUACUGCGCCUCCCGCAAAACGUUCAGAACAUCAUUUACGAAAUGGUGCUACGAGAUGUGACAUUCACGUAUCCGCCAUCGAGUCACUUGCUCCCAAAAGAGCCCCCUCUCGUCAUGACUUGCAGGCACAUCCACAACGAGAGUCUGGAGAUCUUCUACGCCAAUGCCUCAUUCGUUUUCGGUCAUUGCCGCCGGCUCGCACAGUGGAAAGCUCCACAGCAUCUUCGAAUCAUGGUGCAGCACAAGGUGAUCUACGACUUGGUCGAUUGGAAUAAGCCCGGUGCUCUUGCCUCGGACAAUUACGAGUCGGUCCCCUGGCGCUGCGGGCUGGGGCCGCUGAACGAGAGGACGACGACGCUGAAGUGGAAGUAUGGCCCGGGCCGGUAUCAGAUCAGGGUGUUAAAGCGCUACAAGAUCGGCAAGCUGAAGAGAUGUCAGCAGUGGACGCCAUCCUGGCCACAGCACUUGUUGACGAACACGACUUACUUCGGCAUUUGCAACAGCCAUCACUCAACGGUGGCAACCCUGCAAAAGGCGAAUGCAAGCGACGGAGUUGGUGAGAGCUAUGAGCUCAGCACAAGGUUUGCGCAUGCUGAUACGCUGUGA